AUGAUGUUGCCCAAGGUCCCGGCCUUCUUGAGCGGACUGCCCCUCGCUGGGCUGGCCGUCGCGUCGUUGGAGCACUCCGACGACGAUCCUCUCGUCGCAUCCCAGAUUGUCACCGAUCCGUAUGCCUAUGAUUUCCCCCGGCUGGGCGCCUCCGGCGCCUCGUUAUUUCCCAUGCGCUCUUGCCAUGGAUUCAAAUUGGAGGAAGCCAGCGUAGACGAGAUGCAACAGCGGAUGAGCAAUGGCUCUCUUUCAAGUGUGCAACUUCUUGAGUGUUAUCUGGACCGAAUCCAUCAGACUCAGCCUUAUCUCAAUGCUAUCAUGCAGCUCAAUCCAGACGCGUACUCCAUUGCGGCAGCGCUGGACGCGGAGCGUGCCAAGGGCCAUGUCCGUGGUCCCCUCCAUGGCAUUCCUUUUAUUGUCAAAGACAACAUUGCCUCAAAGGACCGUCUGGAGACCACAGCGGGCUGCUGGGCCUUGAUUGGCAAUGUGGUGCCUCGCGAUUCCUUCGUGGUUCACGGCUUGCGCAAGGCGGGUGCCCUCCUGGUGGGGAAAGGGUCCAUGAGUGAAUGGGCGGACAUGCGCUCCAACAACUACUCCGAAGGCUACUCUGCACGGAACGGACAGUGCCGAAGUGCUUAUAACUUUACGGUGAACCCUGGUGGCUCGAGUACCGGCCCUGGUGUCGCCGUCGGUGCCAAUCUUGUUCCCAUUGCCCUUGGCACUGAGACCGAUGGAAGCGUGAUCAAUCCCGCUCAGCGAAACGCCAUCGUGGGCAUCAAACCCACGGUCGGUUUGACCUCUCGUGCAGGCGUCAUCCCGGAGUCUCGGCACCAAGAUACCAUCGGCACCUUCGGCAAGACUGUGCGUGAUGCUGUCUACACUCUGGAUGCCAUCUACGGGGUUGACCCUCGAGACAACUACACUCUUGCGCAACGGGGCAAAACCCCGGCGAACGGUUAUACCCAGUUCCUGUCUAACAAAGACGCCCUGAAGGGUGCAGUCUUCGGACUACCCUGGAAGUCCUUCUGGGCCUUGGGCGAUCCCGUACAGAUAGCCCAGUUAGAAGAGCUUCUGACACUGAUCGAAUCUGCCGGAGCGACGAUUAUCAACGGCACCGAGCUGCCUCAUUACAAAGAGAUUGUGUCACCCACGGGCUGGAACUGGGACUACGGCUCAGCCCGUGGUUAUCCCAACGAGUCGGAGUACAGCUACAUCAAGGUCGACUUCUACAACAACCUUCGUGACUACCUCUCCGAGGUGAACAACACCAACAUCAAGUCCCUUGAGGAUGUCGUCCAGUACUACGAAGAUAAUUAUGGAUCUGAAGGGGGUUACCCAUCUAUCCACCCUGCCUUUGGCUCUGGCCAAGACGGCUUCAUCGCCUCCCUAGAGUCCAAGGGAAUCAUGGACGAAACAUAUUACUCUGCGCUGGAAUUCUGCCAGCGCACGACGCGUGAGGAGGGAAUCGACGCUGCGCUGCAAUACAAUAAUCGAACCCUCGACGGCCUUCUCGUUCCCCCCGACGUUGCCCAAAGUAUUCAAAUUGCCGCCCAGGCCGGAUAUCCGGUGAUUACCGUCCCCGCCGGUACCAGUCCCGAGUCGGGCAUGCCCUAUGGGCUGGCCAUUAUGAAUACCGCUUUCUCAGAGCCGACUCUGAUCAAAUAUGCAAGUGCAAUUGAGGACCUGCAGAAGAGCUCGGGCACAGAAUGGCAGCGUACUCUUCCUGAGUGGCGCGGCUAUCUGGUGCGUAAUCUGCCUGUUCCUUUCUAG